GUGGCGGUAAUGAAGCGGGUUGACGAAGUAGAAGAAGCCAUUGCAGCAUCGCCAUUUCACUUUUCAUUCAUUGAUAUCGGGGCCUACGUUGCUUUAGGAUACACAAAACGUCAUCAUGGUGAAAAUUUUUAUUGGCAACCUUGCCUCCAAUACCACACCUGAGGAGCUGCGCGAACUCUUCGAGAAGUACGGCAAAGUCACAGAAUGUGACAUUGUGAAAAACUAUGGUUUUGUACAUAUGAGCAACAUGACUGAAGCAGAGCAGGCCAUUCAAGGCCUCCAUCAGCACCAGUUGCAUGACUGGCGCAUGAAUGUGGAGUUGAGCAAAGGGAGGCCUCGGUCCACCACUAAACUGCACGUCAGCAAUCUUGGUGAAGGCGUUACCAGUGAUGUUUUGCGGUCCAAGUUUGAAGAGUUUGGCCCAGUGGUGGAAUGUGACAUAGUGAAGGACUACGCCUUUGUUCACAUGGAGCGAAUUGACGAUGCCAUGGAUGCCAUCAGUAAGCUGGACAACACAGCCUUCAAAGGCAAGCUGAUGAGCGUACAACUGUCCACCAGUCGGCUUCGCACUGCGCCAGGAAUGGGAGAUCAUACUGGCUGUUUUGUCUGCGGGAAACAUGGCCACUGGUCGAAAGACUGUCCAGUUGGUCGGAAUGUUAGCCAGGGUGAUGGCACAAGAGGUGGCAGCAGCAGGGCCCCUCCGCCUGGUCUCCCUGGUUAUGGCAGGGGUAGCUACGGCAUGGCCUCACCUCCAGGAGCUGAUUAUAUGGAUGGCUCUGCAUAUAGUAGAGCAAGUUACGUAGGUGGGUUGCCACCUCCCCCCCGUAGGCUUAGCAGCUAUGGCUCAGAGAUGGGAGAUCAGUAUGCCAGCAGAGCAGCAGGCACCUAUGCUGACAGGUCAUCAACUUAUGAUCGUGACCAUCUCUAUAACAGUGUUGACUAUUAUGAGAAGUACAGAGCUCGCCCUUUCGGCUCAAGCUACUUCGAGGAUCGUCGUAUGUCCUAUCCCCCUCCUCCUCCACCUCCGCCUACCUCGCUCUCAAAGCUCCCAUCCAGUAUAGAGCCAUAUGACCGCCGGUCACUGCUUCCACCUUCAUCAGCUGCCACAUACUAUGCACAAGAACACAGUCCAAAUAGACGAGUACCGGUCUCCUCAACAGGCUAUACCUAUGAGCAAACACAAGUGUCACCAGUAUCGGCCUCCAGGAGCUCCUAUGCUGUUUCACAACCCAAGGAUCAUUAUGCACCACGCUAUGCGCCUUACUAAAGCCAUGGUGCCCAGGUAUGUUUGUGAACAGCAGGACUUUUCCUUUGCUGCCAUUUCGUCAAGCUACACGAUUCCAUCAGUCUGUGUGAUGUGCGGCAAAGAAUAUGAGAAGCAGAAAUUCAAAAGAAACUUAUUCAAUUGUGUCAUCAUCUUCCAGGCACUUAAGAGGCCUGCAAAUGAAUCAUCCUUUUAGUCAUGUUUACAUACCCUGUUAUCGAAAAGGAUGAUUUGCACAAGGCACUGUUCAAAAUGUAUGAUGUAUAAAACAAUGAUUUUUUUCACUUGCUCUGCAGGUUUUCAAUUCAGUUUUUAGUUUCAAGUCAUGUCUUUUUUUAUUUUUUUCAUCUGUUCAUCACUUGAAGAAAACUCUGUUAAUUGUUUGGCUUCUGUCUAUAUAAUUUAGGUGUGUUCUUGUUUCAUGAGUAUAUGAACGCUUACCUUAUUUUUGAGCGAGAAGAGGGUUAGGAUGGAUUGCUUGUAGUGCUGAAGAAUCCUUUGUUGCUCCUCUAAAACUGACACGAGUCACUAACAUGGAUGUGGAUAAAGAAAUGUUUGACUAUAACGUUUGUGAAACAUUAGCGUCAUUGACAUCCAACAGUAGACUGCAGGAAUUCAGGACUCUUAAGGUAUGUUUUAACCUGGCUAAAACCAGACAUUUCUCCCUUUGUACACAAACAAGUGAACCACACAGUAGGCUGUCGAGUGGGAAUGAAAACCUGCAGACCUUUCCUUCUGUAGCAUGUGAUUCACACUAAAGAAGACAGUAGAGAAAUAAUCCAUAUCCAGGCAACUAACCUGGCCGAGCAUUUAGGUAGUUUACAAACAAACUAUGUCAAACAUUCCAACGUCUUAAUUUGUGUUAAAAUGUGUCCCCGGAAUAUAUAAUUCUUUUUAUAACGAAGUGUCUGAUGAUCUGAAGUCAAUAUUCAAAUAAAAGUGUUGUUGGGUGGCAUUAAAAAAAGAAUGUUAGCUGACAUACAUUGUGCAGAUAAGUAUCUCAACUGUUUUCUUCCUGCUGACACUGUUGCUGACUUUGCCUGUAGCUGAUAACAGAAAAUAGCUGAUUUCUUUCAUUUUACUCUUGGGUGUUUAUUGUAUUCAUAUAAUGCAAAAUAAGCAGCUACAGAAAUGUGAGGUGGGACUCAGGGUUUGGGCUGUAAAAGUUGUGAGGCACUUGUGUUUCGUUGAAGGUGCCUUUGUUUUGCAUAUACAGGUGGAGUUGAAGUUUAUAUUUUUCAUACUAGCUGAAAAACCAGCAUACAUUCAAAAUCUGAAAUGAUUAUGAUUUUUAAUAAAAACCAAAUUUAUUUUGGUGA